UCGCGGUCGUGAUUCGUCCGCUGCGUUGUCACUCGGCGAGGCCGCCCUCGUUUCCUGUGCGCGGGCAGUGAUGGUGCGCUUCAAGUCCAGGUACCUUCUGUGUGAGAUAGUGUUUGAGAAACCACACUAUCGCCAGCAAUUAGAUAUCCGAAGCAUCAUUCGAAAUGUAAGAAACACCAUCAAUCAAAUACAUGGUGACUUUGGCAUUGGCUGUUGUAGCUUACGUCUGGAAGUCACAUACCUAAAUGCCUACACAGGGAUAGUCUUACUAAGGUGUCAAAAAGACUUCUACAGAAUGCUGUCGACAGCGCUGAUGUUUAUCACCUUUCUGGAGAACAAGAACCAAAAGUUCCAUUGUUUUUUUAACACGUUACACGUGGCAGGUACAAUUCGAAGCUGCCAGAAGUUCCUGAUCCAGUAUAAUCGCAGGCAGUUGCUGCUGCUCCUCAGAGACUGUAAAACCAAAAAGGAGAGAGAAUCUGUUCGAAGAUCUCUUCUGCAUUGUUCACUAAAAGUAUCGGAUGAAGAUCAGUCAUACGAUGUAGGUGAGGAAGUGGAAGAAACAGAUACUGAUUAAGUUAUUUUCAAAUCUGAAUAAUAGUGAAGACCUGCAUUGUGGACCGCUUCCCUACAGAUGUCUGGCAGUAUCAAGGUUUUUAGCAUCUUGCAAACCAAACCCAUGAAGAUUACAUCUGUACAGCUAGUACACGGAUACUUUGUGAACAGACUGAAAGACAGCUUACCAACUUUACUACCAUGCAUUGUCAAAGUACAUCUAAUCACUUAAAAUUGUACUGGCUGAUGUUUAAAAAGGGCAAAUUCAAAAUUCUCAAGCCAGUUCAGCAGUUACUAGCAUUUAAUGGGUGAUGCAAGGUGACAUAAAGUAUUCAAAUUUUUAUAUUAGCCUUUGGUUGCUAUGGCUAUGGCUAAUGCAUUGCCUUACUGUUGUCACACAUUACUUAGCCCACCUCCACUCAGGAACAUGAAAACCUAGUUGUGGUCAACUGUUGCUGAUGGAAUGAAUGCAGAUCAUUGGCUUCUUGAACUUCCUGAUGAUGACAAAACAGAAAUGGAAAGUUUUACCGUGGUAUGUCAAAGUUAUUUAUUUGCUGGGGUUAUAGCAAGAAACCCACGUUGUGGGAUUCUGUGGAGCAGAGAAUGAGUUUACUAUCAUUGAUUCUUAAAGUUGAUAUUGCUGCUAAUGGAAUGCACCUAGAGUAUACUGGCUUUUCCUGAAUUUGCUAAUCCCUUAGUUACUAGUAACUAGUGGGAUUUAAAUUAUUGUGCAAUUAAAGUCUUGGUGAUAUACUACUUUCUUCCUUUGUCUCUUCAAUCCCUUACUUAACCACUCUUAAUCUGUGUUUUAGUUCUGAGUCAUUUUCUUCCUGUACAGUAGUGAAUCUUAUUUUCCCCCCAGUGUUGCAGAACAACAUGUAGUAUCUGGUGAUUCUUAUUAGGAAUUGUGGUAGAGUCUUGGGAUGGUACUGAAAGGUAUGAAAUCAGUACAGCUUAGCCUGUUGCACAACUCCACUGUGAGACUGCUCCUUUAACAGAAGCGCCAGCUGUAUAAAAUAAUGAGUGGACAAAAUGGGCAGGAUUACAAGUUUUGCUGCAUCAGACUGCAUCCGCUUUUUGUUCCUUAAUCAAGUUCUUCAGGUCUCCUGUAGCAGCUUGAUUGAACUGGAAGGAUGAUUGAGCAAUUUAAUCAGUUGGUUAAGAAUCAACUGUGUUGCUAUUGAACUGUAGACAUAGUUCAACUAAAGAUUUUAAGUUUUCUUUCCUUAAAGUGAACUAGAUGGGUUUUAUAACAGGCCCAUAAUAUUAUUAUCACUUAGACUAAAUAUUUAAUUCCCCAGCUGCCAAGAUAAGAUUUCAACUCUUAUCUUUGCAUUUAGUUCAGAAACUUUAAUCAUUAAGCCACCAUCCCCAUUUUCUUUAAUCUUUCGACCUCAGACCAGGAAUGGAAUCAUGCUCCUGUUUAUCACCUUAAAAACCCUUUCAGGGUAACAAGCUUCCUUCUCUAAUUGCAUCACCUUCAGCUUGACAUCAUUUUAGGGCUACAGCUUCUCCACAACUCUUCAGUCUCAAUGCCAUCGUUUGCUACUUAAAGCCAAACUUUUCCUUUUACUUCCCAUGUACUCCUCCCAGUAUCAGCUGUGGAAUAACAGUCUACUUGUGUAUUUUCCUCUAAUGUAAUUUUAUUUGUGAACAGGGAAUUGGCAUCCAUAUGCUGUAGGAAAGAUUGUUUAUAUAAUGACAUUACCCCUUUAAGGUCUUCUCACCUCCUCUGGUAUCUUUGCCUAACUAUUUCACCAGUGUCAAAAGUGCUAGAACAACCUCAAUGUCCAUAUAUACUGCGGGGUGGGGUGGCAGUUAGCACAAUUGUUUUACAGUGCCGGCAGUAAGAUCUGUUAAAUACCUGCUAGUCUAAGGAGUUUGCAUGUUCACCCUAUGACUGCAUGGCUCGCCUCCGGGUGCUGUGGUUUCCUCCCACAUUCUAAAGCUGUACAGUAAAAUUAGUGAAUUGAAGGCAUCAGCAAAAAUUGCAUCGAAAAUAAUCUGGUGGAUGCUACAUAAAUGAGUGUUCGUACAAAAUAAUAACAGGCAGAAAUAGCUAAUACAAGGGAGCAUAAUUUUAAAGUGAUUGGAGGAAAGUAUAGAGGGUAUCAGAGGUAAUAUUCCAACCCCCCUCGGGAGGUGUGUGGAGCAUCCUGGCAGGGAUGGUGGUAAAGACAGAUACAUCAGGGGCAUUUAAGAAGCUCUUAGAUGAGCUGAUGGAUGACAGAAAAAUAGAGGGCUAUGUAAGAGAGGUCAGAUUGAUCUUAAGGUAGGUCAAAAGAUCAGCACAACAUCGGGCACUGAAGGGCCUUCACUGUGCUGUAAUAUUCUAUGUUCUAAAAUGUAAUGCUUGUGUUUACUGAACCGUAAUGUGCAAAUUUCUGUUUGCAUACACUUCUGCACUGUGCUGUAAAUGGGGGAGGGGUGAGAAAAUAAAUCUCUUCACGCCCAGUGCCAAGAAGCAGAUCUAAUGACACCAAAAUGCAGUACUACCUUUAGAAUGCCCCAUUGAGUCUCUGCCAGUUCAGAGUACCACUAUUCUCCACCAAUUUUCCCCUGCAAUGCCAUCAAUGCCACCCACCCCAUCAACCACAUUCUAAUACUCAACUAAACAUUAGAAGCAAUUUAUAGUGCCCAGUUAAAUCAUCUACAUGCAUGUCUCACAUGGUGGGAGGGUACUGGGAAUAAACCCACAUGGCCACAUACAGUAUAAACUCUACACAAGUCAGGAUUAAACCCAGAUCACCGUAACUGUGAGGCAGCAGCUUUACUGAGCCACUCUUUAGGGUAUUUUUCAAUCCAUUUUUUCUAUUUGCAUUGUAUAAGCUCACUGUACACAAUAUUCAGGCAACUGGACUUGGACUUAUAUCAGCUGCAACCGUUCUGUUUUUAAAAACACACUCCCAAUAAUCUGGCGCACUCAGGGUUUUGUUGCUGCUUGGCAGAUUUCCUGAAUUAUUUGACAUCACUUCUACUAGCACACCGACAAACGUGGUACAAUUUUCCUGUGAAAAGGAAGCAUGGAAUCAGCCCCAAUGUCUCACAGUCAGGUGCUAACAGGAUUUCCAAACAAUUAAGAUCGCAGUUUUUACUAUAUUCAUCUUUGGUAGUAACACUGUAUAUAUCUAUUUAAACCUGGAAGUUCUUAAUUCAUGGGAUAAUUUUCACUAAACCUGAGUUGGUUGUUCAUGGACAAGAUGAAGUGUAGAGAAAUUUUGUUGAUGUAUUAAACAAGUCUAAGAUUGACCUACUGUUGCAAUUUUGCAUAGCUUACCAAUGAUCCACUAUGGUAGAAGCACAUCUAGUUUAAAAAGUCAAAGCAAACAUUUGGCCUUAAUUUACUAGUGAUGUUGUUGGUCUUACUGCUCAGGUGUUGAAGAAUAGCACUAAAUCCAAGUAAUUUUCAUUUCUAUUGCACAGUACAUUAGAAUUCCAUUACCCAAUCAUGCUGGGGAGAAACUUUCUGACAAUUGGUGGUAGUAAAUUUUAAUCCCAUCUCCUUGUAGGAGCACCAUGUACAGCCAUUUAACCAAAGUUUCCCUUUUAUAGUUUAAGACAAAUCAACAACAUUGUGAACAAUAUUUUUUUAUUGUUUCAGUUACUUUGCUGUUGCAUUAAAGGAAAGUGAAAGUAGUAAUAAAUCCAACCACAACACUUCAUUAGACGCCUUGCAUCCACUUUCUUAAAACAAUACACCGCUUUUCAAAUUAAAAUCUUCAAAAGCAAAAGGGAAAUUCCAGCCUUUACAUUUUACCACCGCAACAGAAUAAGGUGGGAUGAGGAAUUCAUUACUCCUAAUUCAAUACCUGAAUACUAAUGAGUAGGUGUACUUUGAAAAGAAUGGAGGAAUACUUUAUAAAACUGCAGUACUGUCGCUUAUGGGCAAAAGGGGCUUCAACACCACUGACUAAUUUUGUAAAAUGUUAAAAGAGCACAUGCCAAAUAUUUAUAGAAUGGCUACUUCUUGGAAAGGGUAACAAUGCCAUGAAAUAGUUUCAUUCUCUAGUGAAA